CAGUACAGGGGAUCAUGAUGCGACAUCGGUGUGGCUUGCAGAGCGGAGGAACGGAAGGCGGCUCACGCGAUUCUGGAACAAGAAACCUGAAAGCUGGGUCGCACGUGAUUGGGCUGUACCCGCGUUCUGCUGCACGCGUCUCGAUGGACCGAAAAGCCGACAGGAGGCGAUGGCAACAAAUUAUGCAUCUUCGAACAACAGAUUGUGCCUGAACCUCACAGACAUGCAAUGUGAUGGGUCGGAAGAAGAAGGAGGCGCAUGAUGGGAAGCAGACGCUGAAGCAAGCAAAGGCAGCUUUCAAGGCGCGUGGUUCAACUCUGGUCACUGAUACCGAGAAGCGUCAACUCGAGCGUGGCGCCAUCCUCCUUCAACGUGCAGAGCGCAUCAAAGAGUCCGAGACGCGGAGGAAGGAAGCGAAAAAGAAAUCUCUCCAAGACACGAAGACAACCAAGACCUGCCUCCUGAGCACUCAACGCGUCAAUGACAAGUUUGGCUAUCAGAGGAGUCAGUUUCAUCUCGGCGCCUUUCUGAAGCCCAAAGCUGUUGCGCCUGUAGCUGCACCUUUGCCAAUUCUGCAAAAAGAGCCACCACAAGAACCUUGGGAGGAUGAUGGCGUAGACGAUGAUACUCUGCUCGACUUGGCCGGCGAGUCACCUAUCACUACACUUAGGGAACCCCCUGUUCAAGCACAAGCACAACAGACGCCCAGUAAGACUCAUGGCAGCUUGAAGCUUGAAUCUCCCUUGUCGACCGACGACUUUGGCAGCUGGGAUGACUUCCUCGAACGCAGUUCUCAGAUAGCACGCGAGAUCUCGACUGAGCGAAAGCCCACACCGCCAGCAACUCGAUCAUUCGACCGUAUACCCUCCUUCACAUCGACUGACUUUGAUCUCUCCGUGGACGACCUUGAAGAGUUGGAACGGUCGGUCAACGAUCCACCACAACAGAGUGACACUCCUCGAUCGCACAUACCACAGCAGGUCUGUAGGAACAGUGACGUGAGGUCGUGGUUGAAGAAGGAGGGCGCGCAUACCCAUCAGAAGGAAGGACAUGACAUGGAUCGGAAGCUGAUGCCUCCGCCGAUGAUACCUCUCAAACGACCAGCACCCACCUGUGCUGAGACUCGUAAAAGACUACCCUCGACAAAAGUCGCUCAUGAAAUCAGCCUUGCAGACCUCGAGUGUUUGGCUGGUGAAGACAUUCAACUCAGCCAGUUUGUAUGAGACAGCCGGCUCGGCCUGGACGAGCGCCGAUCGCCGACCGUAAUGAACUACGCGAGCGACAUGCACUCCUGUCGAUAGCCGCUUGCCUUGAUCACAGCAUCCUGGUUGAAGCGUCUGUCUUCAGCAUUGCUCGACGCCAAUCUUGCAAUAUUGAUCUACAAGUUGCAGCCCGAACCCGACUACAGCACUGUGGAGAUUAAAGAAGAUGAGGUUCCGGCGGCAGUUUAGCAAUAGCAAUUGCAGAUAUGGAAAUUGUCAAAACCAGAGACCAAAAUCAGAGCUAUCAAGACCAGCAGUGUAUAAAAGUGACGGUGAGUAGAUCUAGGUACUGGAAAGCAUGAGGGCUGUAAGUGAGAG